GCCUUCGUUCGGUGCUGUUGCUGGUUAGCUUAUUCGUUCUGAAGUGUGACGGAUUAAAUAAAAAUUCGUUUUCAUGACGUAAAUCGUGGCAACAUGUUUGUGGAAGAUUUCAAAAAUGAUUUCUACAACGUGAUACGAGGGAAGGGUUGUCUGCUGCUCGUGAACUUUGACGUUGAUGCUAUUUGUGCGUGCAAAAUACUACAGUGCCUUUUUAAAUAUGACGGAAUGGUAUAUACUCUUGUUGCUGUCCAAGGACUUGAAGAUAUGGUUCAGGCAUAUACGGAAAAUGAAAAAGAGGUUAAAUAUGUGAUAAUGGUGAAUUGCGGUGGAACUAUAGACAUAGUUGAACUCCUCGAGCCCUCAGAAGACACAGUAUUUUUCAUCAUUGAUAGUCACAGACCUUAUGACCUUCCUAAUAUUUAUUCUGAAAGUCAAGUCCGGAUACUCCACAAACCUAGCCCUGAUGAUGAAAUCCCAGAAUAUAAUGACAUUUACAAAGAUGAUGAGUCUGACGAAGAAGAGCCUCAAGAAGAAUCAGACGUGGAGGGUGAAUCACAGGAGUCAAAGCGUCGUAGAAUGAACGAAGAUGAUUUAAUAAAAAGGAGAGAAAGAAGGCAGUGGGAAGAAAACAAAGAAGCCAUAAUUUUCAAUUACACUCAAUACAGCUAUUAUGGCAAAUCAAGCGCCGUUAUGAUGUUUGAAUUAGCCUGGAAAAUGACCAAAGACUCUCUCGACAUGGUUUGGUGGGCAAUAAUCGGUGCGACCGAACAGGCAAUACUCAACAAAGUUGAGUCGAGGGUGAGCGUCAUCGAGGCUGGUAAUCUACAGGGACACGUAUCGCGAUUGACCCACAGACAAGAAAUCGAUCCUAACGCGGAGCAACAGAGUCUCGUCAAAGUCACUUAUGAUCGAGAUCUACAAUUAGCGCUUUAUCGUCACUGGACUGUGGAAGCGAGUCUGAAGCAUUCCAUGGCGACUUCAGUGUCUUUAAAACUCUGGUCACUUCGUGGUGAAAAACGCCUCAAAGAGCUCCUGGCUGAAAUGGGUCUUCCUUUGGUGCAGUCUCGACAACGUUUUUCCUCGAUGGAUUUGAAUUUACGGAAAGAAUUUCGCGAAAUGGUGGAAAAACUCGCCAGCAAGUACAACGUCGACAGUGUCGUAGGAGCGAGCUUUACGUUUCAGUACGGUUAUCGAUUCAAAUAUUGUGCUUCGGACGUAGUUUAUUCGAUGUUGGCACUUCUAGAAUCAUCGGCAAAGGAUCGACUUCCUCAGCGUUGUUUUCUCGAUGCGUUGCACUGUUUAUCACGCUUAAAAAAAGACGUUUUGGAGGCUGGCAUCGAAAGAGCGAAGUUGAUGUUGACCAACAUCUACAAAACGGCCCAAGGUAUCCUCGAAAUGAAGCAAGUUAUCAACACGGGUUCGCUACUCUACGUCACGAUUCCGGACGGUACUUUGGAUAGCAGACUCUUCGGACAUCCGCACGCGUUGUUGAUGCUCGCACAAUUUGUUCUCCGAGCUUAUGUCAACUCAUCGAGAAAUCGACGUGCUCAAACUUGGGCUUUGGUCGCAUCGGCGGUUUACAAUCCUGAGGAAAAUACCUGUCUCAUUGUCGGUGUACCACCGAUAGUCGAAGAUCCACCUAGAAGUUUAUUUGGCCAAGCUUUUAUAAAAACCGCGGAGAAUGCGCGCUGCCACAUCGAGGCGGACUACUUUGACACAACGAUUAUAAGACUGAAAAUUGAAGAACGCGGAAAGUUCCUCGAGUCCUUAGCAAAUUUGCUGAUGAAUGGUUGAAGUACAAAAGGUAUUCUGUCGCGAUAAAGCGAGAGAAUGAAAAACAUAUCGAAAGCCUGGCCCCGAUGGAAGCGAUUUCUCCGUUCUUGGCCGAGAAGACGAACGUCUGAUAAGUAUCAAAAGAAACAACAAAAAACGACAAUUUUAUAAGCGAAUUAGUUAAUAAUAUAAUAGGACUAAAGGACUCCAAUAACGAAUGAAAGAAAUGUGUGCGCUCUCGCAUGAUACAGGUUUAUCGUGCAACGAACAUGUAAAUAAGCAAUGUGAAGGACGAAUGCCUCUUUAUGUUUGUUUUAAGUACCAGCGACGAGUUUAGCUUUAAUUUACCGUUCACUUUACAUUUUCAUUUCCUUAUUUUUUACCUCAUCGUUCAUUGUAAAACUUGUAUAAAGUAGAAUUCGCGAGUUCAAAUGACUUGCUAAAAUAUCGUACCGACGUACUAAAACCGCGAUAUUCGUUUUUGAUCAGGUAGCUAGAGAAAUGGGCGAAGCUCGUUUUUUAAAUACUUUUUUCUACGAUAUAUUCAACUUCAUUAUUUUAGACCAUUAACAUUCAGGAAUUUAUCCUGCCCGUAUAUUUAUAAUUCCACGUUGUUCAUGCUUAUCGAGCCUCCUUAUGGUCGGAAAGAAUUCUAAGCAAAAACCAAAAAUUACGACUUUGAGGUUGAGCUUUUUCGUUAGCAUCAAUUUAUCUCAUUUUCAUUAAAUGUCCAAGUGUUUGGAAAAUUUGUCAAAAUGAAGAUGCUUUUUUCAUCGAACGAAAAAAAAUUGAUUUAUCAGUGCUCACGUAAAUAAGUAUUGGAAAAAUCGAGAUUCGUUUAUGCCCCGAAUUUUUAGGAACACGUUAACAAAGAAUUCAUUCCUUUUCGAAUAGAGUCAAUGAAUUCGGCUCGAAUAAGCAACUACGAAAAGUUUGUCAGCGUUGAUCGAAACAGACGACACAAAAACGCAGUGUCUGUUAUUCGAACGAAAAAAAUAAUCGAAUAUAAGGAAAAUAGUAAAAUAUGAAAAAUCGAAUGAAAACUUUCGCGUUCGGAUAAUAAUGAUAUUUUUUUAUACCCCGUGACAGAUGAAGCGAGCUAGCGAAAUAUUUACAGAGAUUCUUAGAGAACUAUGUUCAAAUUGAUUAGAAACAUUUUUUCGUCCUCGACCACGUAACUGUACAUACACAACACUGACUUACCCUUAAGAGUGAUACUAGAACUAAGGACUCGCGCCGAUCAUGCUACCUUUUUUUUUCAUUUUGUAGAUAAAUAAUCAAAAUGAGGGAGAAACAAAAAAAUCACUGUCAAAUUGUAAUUAAAAAAUCGAACUAAUCGAAAAUCAAUUAACAAGAAAAGUGGAUUGACAAUAAAAAGGAAUAAUCUCAAUUGAUUGAACAAGAA